CACUGUUACUGCUAGCUACUCUGCUCCUCCCGCUGCUGCUGGGCGUGAUAAGCCAUUUCUGCAACGCCCCGGCUUAGAGGACACCAGUGUUGGGGGCAGCAGGAGCCAGGGCAGCCCGUGCGGCAGGGAACCAGCAUGCUGGCGGGAUCUGCGAAACAGGGACCCUCACUGCGGACAAGCCUCGUAAAGCCCAGCCCAGGGGAAUCCUGAUUGAGUCUGGGAUCUGUGCCAUCCUCCUCUUCAUUGCUGCUGCCCCAUCAGCUCCCAAGAGGCAGUUCUGACCCUCCAUCCCUGAGCCUCCUUCCUCAAGGACCGACUACAAAGAUAUGAGAGACCUCCCUUAGCCUCACCCUCCUUCCCACCUGCUGUCCAGAGAGCCUGCUGCCCCUUUGGCUGUAAGGCCAGGUGUCCCCUGGUCGGCCCCAGGCUGGAGCUGCAUCCCGCUCUCUGGAGGCCCUGAUUACUCAGGAUUCUACAAUCCUGGUCCUGCUCUGCGGGUCUCCAAUCCUCUGGUCCUUUUGCCUAAGUCCCUUCUGGAUUCAAGGCGAUGUUGCCUCAAAACAAGGACCAGGUGCUGCUGCAGAACACAGUGUCCCCUGGGCUCUCCUCUCAGGGUGCCUCACAACUUGUGGACGCUCUUCCGCUCAACCAACAGCCUCUUUCCCCCUGCCCAUCACUUCCUUCUUCCCACUCACCUUUCCCCUCUUCCUCCCAAUCCCCUGUCCUCCUCUGCCCAGCCACCCUGCUCCACCCUCUAGACCCACUUCUCUGUUCUUCAGACUCUAAUUUUGACUCCACCCCAUAUCUCUACUCUCCCUCUGACCCAGCAUCCCCCACUUUCUUCUACCAGAACCACCUCCCUCUCUUCCUUCCACAGUCCCCCUCCUCUCCUUACCUGCUCUCCACCUCUCCCUCUCAGCUGCAGAACUCCUCCCCACCCAACUCACCUCCUUUCCCUCCCUCUCCCCAAGGACCCCCCAGCUCCACGCUCACUUCCCCCAUCCCCAGCCUCCCUUCUGGGCUUCACUCUUCCAGACAGCCAGGGCACUCGUCUCAGUACAGGGGCUCCGGGUCCUCUGGAGUGGAGGGGGGAUGCGUGGCCAGAGAGAGGGACCCUGCAGAGCUCAAGGACCUGGGGGCCCUGGCCCGGGCCCUGGUGCUGCACCUGGGCCACCGCCGCAUCUCCCACGACCUGCGACUACAGUUUCUACAGCAGCUGUGGCUCGGCACAACCGGGCAAGCGCCAGUCGUGGAGUAUCCGGUAUGCCUGGUGUGCCUCCGGCCCCGAAGUCCCUCCUGCCCUAUCCCCAAGUACAGGACUGGGGCCCACCUGCUGGCUUUUCCCCAACUACUGCCCAGGGCACCAGGCCAGGAGGCCGGGCGGCUCCGCAUAGGCAUCGGCUUCGGCCUCCGCCUCCCGAGGGGCCAGGCCAGGGCCCUGCAUCUGUUGCCAGAAAGAAGGCCGAAGGAAGCAGGACCUCAGGGCGAGACUGCUCAGGGCCCUGCAUGCCAAGCCCAGGAAACGCCAGCACCAGUGGCUCAGGCCUGGGCAGGUCCAGCACCAGGCACAGGACCCCAGACAGGGAGCCUCAGGCCACCAGGCCCUCCAAACACCAACUGCAGCUCAAGGGCUCCCCUGCAGGAACCAAGACAGGCCACUGCUUCACCCAAACCGUUCUCCACCCCAAAGAGGUCUGUCUGUUCAGAACCCAUUCCCCCAAAGUCAUCGUGGCAGAGCCAAGGAAGAUCCCAGGAGGACAUUCUCCAAACACGGCUCUUCCCCCCAGGCCCCAGAUCUCUGGGGGGCCCCGGGACACCCUGAAGGGCUGGCUGGCUGGAGGUCAGGUGUGUGCUCCAUCUCUGAACCCUGGGAGUCCCUUGUGGAGUCUGCUGUCUCCUGGCUGAGGAGACCCAAGGACACUGGAGACCCCAUCCAGUCUUCAGUGUAUCCAAUAAAGCCAGACUCUGCACAACU